AUGGCCGAUACGAAGGGUAAAACUAGACCCAUUGAACAGGUGGCACAUGACUUCAAACCAGGACUUGAAGCCACCAAUUUUGAAGGUUCAUCGUUCAAGUUACUCAAAGCUUGUAAUUUUUGUAGAAAGAGAAAGAUAAAAUGUACAGUGCAACCUAAAGAGAACGUGUGUGAAAAUUGUAAAGACCAUAAAAAGAAGUGUAUCUUUGAUCACAAGAAGAUCAGGAAAAUCAAGAAGGUUAAGUUGGAGAAAGUUACAGAGUUGACAAACACUAAAAACUUGAAUAAUUACACAGGGACGUUCUUAGAUCAAAUAGAUCCUUUUGCUAUGGAACAAUACAAUAAGAGUAAUAUGCAAAGUCCAGAACAACAAUGGACUAUCCCAGUUUCCAUCUCCAACUUCUCCAACAGUCCACUGUACCAGGACACUAACAACAAUUCCGUGGAAUAUCAAUUAUAUGUCAAUAAUAUCGAACCUUAUACGCCGUUUCUUGAUCAUAAGAUAUUCCAGAAUAAUUUGGAUCAUUUUUCCAAAUGUUGUAUUCAUGUAUCGGCAGUUUCCUCGAGUAAAAAUGAAAUUCCUGAAUCGGCGGUAUCGUUCUUUUAUCAAUCUUUGAAUGGUUACUUCAAUGAAGAGAUUAAAUGGGAUCCUAUACGAUUGUCAUGUUUUUUCCUUCUACCUUCAAGAACUGUCAUCCCUAAGAAAUUGAUCAAGGAUAGUUUGGAGAGUUUCAAUAGAUUCUAUGAAUCCCAGGAAUUGUCGGUGAACCUUUUAGCUGGAGCGAUUUGUGUUGAUGGUUGGAAUUCUUUAUUUAAUGAACAUCCACUCAUCACUGAUAAAUCCAUCAUCAAGAAAUCGUCAAAGAUCUUUCAAACCAUGGACAUUGAUGCUUAUAAUUAUCAAUUUCUCAACUGUAAUAUCUUCCUUUAUGAAUUGAUAUGGUUGUUGCAUCAUGACAAUUUAUCAUUUGAGGAGAAAAGAUCUAGUUAUUUACAAUUCGAAUUCGAUAUGUUGUUAUUCCCAGCCAAGCUAAGUAAGAACCUUAUUGUGGUGAAGGAUACGCUUUUAUCAACACCCGAAGCUUUCUUGCUUCACAUCCUCCAUAAUAUGGUACUCAUAGCUUAUUAUACGGUGAUGGUAAAAAACAAGAAAUUAGGAGAGGUAUCAGCAAUCUGCGCAGUUCCUGGAUUAUACCAUUUCAUCAGUGGGAUGGCCAUCAGUAACUUCAGAGUUACGUUGGAUUUGGUCAAUCGAUGGUCAGUUAUAGCUGAUUGUCAGAUCUAUACAGCUAAAUUAUUGUUACAGUUAUAUAGUGAAAUGGAGUUUGAAAUCUUCAGGUUCACUUUACUGUUCUACACCAGAAGGAUCAACACCAAUUUCUCUAAGCAUGAGUAUGAUCCGAUAGACAAAGAGGUGAAGGUAUUCAUUGAAAGUAGUGUUAUACCUCGAGAUGAUGAUUUUGAUGGUGCGGUGGUGUUUUGGGUGUUUAGAGAUGUCAGGAGUAUGAGUUUACAACUUUAUAUAAACGAUAAGAAUAGACGAGGAAGUGAAGUAGAUGUAUCCACAGCUGGAUCCAGUGUUUCCAUGAUAGAAUAA